AACAGUUGGUUGUCAUUCUAUUGUUGAAAUGUUUGUAUUUGUUUAUGAUAUUAAAUAUUUAUUAAUGAUCAUGCUAAUUCGUUUUAAACAAAUUGUGGCCACGAAUAAUUUUAAGAAUAACUGUGGAGCACCCUCACUCCUUUAAAGUUGUCUGCUUCAGGAAAAAAUUUAAAAUGGGCUUUUUGCCCACAGUACAUCAUAUUUGAACGAUGCAGAGUGAAACAGGUUUACAGCUUUUAGCAAGACUUGGUAGUCGCCCAUCCAUUGCAGGAGUACUAUCGCCUAUCUUUAAUGAUGGACCCAGUGCGAAAGAUGUCAUUGAGCUGUUUGGAACCGAAGGAACUGGAAAAUCUGAAAUUUUAUUGAAUCUUGUGGCAGGCAUUAUCUUGCCUAAAACAUGGAAAUCAGUUAAUCUGAAUGGAAAGGAUGCUAGUGUCAUAUUUAUCGACAAUGACUAUAAAUUUUCUAUCCUACGAUUAGUGACUGUUAUGGAGAACAGAAUUCAUGCAACACUGAAAAAUGCUCACCAAGCAGAAGAGAACUUAACUAAUGAUGUUGAAUUACUGAUUCAGAAGUGUUUAUCCAAACUUUCAUUAAUAAGAUGUACAAACAGUUCAGAAUUGCUUGUUACUCUUUAUAGCCUGGAACAAACACUGUUAAGUAACCCCAAUAUAUCAGUAAUAAUGAUUGAUAGCAUUUCGGCCUUUUAUUGGAUUGACAAAUGCAAUGGAGGUGAGAGUUUAGCUGCACAAGAGAAAAAUUUGACACUGAUAUCAGAAGUGUUGUCCAAAUUCAUAAACAGUUUUAGUUUAAUUGUGAUUGCCACCAAAUGUGCUUUGAUGAAAAAGAGAAUGAGGGAAGAUUACAACCUGGAAAAAUCUGCUAGUAACAUUGACAGAUUAAAAAAUGACCAUCAAGAAUUUCUAUGUAAAGCAUGGGGACAGUUGGUUACACAGAGGUUUCAUGUAGAAAAACAAUUAGCAUCAAACCACUUCAAGUGCCACUGUAUUCAUUUGGGUUCCUCCAAAAAUGCAGAUAAAACAGUCAUUCAAUUUCAAAUAACAGAUAAUGGUAUACAAGUUUUGUAGCUUUAUGAAAGCAAUAACUUUUUAAUGUGUGCUACAUGUAUGUAUUCUUGUGUGAUUUGACAAAAUAAAAACAUGGUGCUAAUUUCAA